AGUGUUUACGGCGGUUCCAACGGAGUGUUAACACAGUUGCUGGAGCUCAAGACCUGGUUUGAGAACCAAACGCUCUACCAUUUCAACUCUUGUUCGAUACUAAUGGUCUAUGAGAAUGAAUCAAUCUUAAAGGGAAAUGAUGAUGAUGCUCGACCACAAGUGAAGCUGGUGGAUUUUGCUCAUGUUCUUGAUGGUAAUGGUGUCAUUGACCAUAACUUCCUUGGUGGUCUAUGUUCUUUCAUAAACUUCCUUCGUGAUAUUCUUCAGAGCCCAGAUGAGUCUGCAGAAUCUUAGAUUUUAAGUUUUACUCUUUUUGUCAUUUUCUUUUCGAUUGGCCUGAUUCCAGUUUUAUGGAUAUAAUUAUUAACUCUUCAUUUGUGUACUUGGUGGGUUAUCUAAAGAGCAUACAUUCGUACUCUUAUCUCACGGCUUUUCCAAUUCUAGCAUAUAAAAUUGGUUCCAUUUUUUUACUUUACUUUGAUUGUGUGAUUUGUGAAGAAUACUACAGCUAAAAAAAACUUUAGAGCCAAAAGAGUAAUAAAUUCAAACUAAUGGUAAACGUUUGUAAAUAAUGAAGAGUUUGUUUGCUGAGAUCCCAAAUAGUACUAUAAGUAUAGGGACUGAAACGAAAUCGUCUUCUAUUUUAAUUCACUCUUAUGCUCUUCUUCUUCCUCUUUUCAAAUUCACGUCUCGCGCGCAUCGAAGAAGACGAUUGACUGAGAAUGGUGCUACUAUGCUUCGUCUUGGAUCUUCGCAAUAUCUCUCCUUCUCUGAUCGGAGAUCUGAAGCAGUUGUUAUUGGAGCUCGGGAAUUUUCAUGCGAUUUCGUCUCCGGUAGAUUCUCUCACUGAUCGGAUCGGUUUGUGUUAUAUUCUCAAAGAUCGGAUUUCUGGAAACGAUCAGCAGUUGAAAUUUGCCUAUACACCUACUGGAAACUUCUGCCUUCGAGACUUUCAUCACGCUGUUAACAGCUUGCCUUUGGAUGCGUUUGUACCUGAGUUCGAUGAAUCUUGCGGAGAUCUUAAGCUAUCAACUGUUCUGUGUGAUCGAGCUUUGUACUCAUGGGGAGGUAGAGACAUUAUGAGGAAAGUUAUUGUACUGAGUUCUUGCUUCCCUGAAGAUAUGGAUUCUGAAGCGAGAGACACUAUUAUGGCUGCAGCAGAUAAAUGUGUGUCGGUUGAGUUUCUUUUGUUUGAGAAGCAAUCAAGCUAUCUAAGCUAUACACAGGAGAAGAUUAAUACAUUCCUCAGAUGCUUAUCGGAUCUUGACAAUUGUUCAUUUCAAACCUGCAUCCCUGAUGGAAAAUCACUUCAUGGCCUUGAAAAGAGAUGGCUUCAGGAGCUAAAAGAUGACACUGGAGAAUCACUGCAGGCCCAGAUUAUCUUCAAAAGUAACCUUUUUGGUUCGGUGAACACGAUCUUCUGUAAUCUCACUGCAGCUGCAAAUCAGAUUGUCGACGGAUUUCUCUCUUGUCGAACAUGCAGGUGUCACGGCAUCCCAUUACAAGAUUCAGUGGUAAACAAAAUAGAGAAGCUGCAAUGCUCCAUAACCAACCUUGAACUAGGAAAGUUUGAUGUGAUUGAAAAUUCUGUGAAAGUUGGCAACAGAACUGUCCUGUUUUUACCGUCAAUCCAUAGUCUCCAGAAACUUCAUCCAGUUUCUUCCCAAAUUGAUUUCAAUGUCAUACGGAGGACUAAUCUAACUUCUCUCAGCGAUGGCCUACUACUUGGGGCACCUUACAUUGUGAGCCCUUCAACCUGUCAUGAAACAGAAGCUACUUCAGAAGAAAUGGAUCAACCAGAUUUGAACACUCAGAUUUUUCAGGGACUAUGUGGUGCACUAUAUUCGAUGGACCAAGGCUUGGUUUGUUCUUCUAAAUGUAAUCUGGACACCAUGACAGUCGUGGAAUUUCAUUGUUAUUACAUUCUUCAACCGUCAGAAAAUGGUCCAAUGCUUCUAAAGAGAUUGGCAGGGUCAGAAGAAGUCCUGCCUAUUUCCAGUGCCAGUCAGUUUGCGGAGUCAUCUAUUCCUAGAGAAAUCGAGAUCUCUGUCAAAGGCGCUUUAUUAGAGAUUGAAUCGACAGACUACAAUCCUUUGACACACAACAGAGGCUUCCACCAAAAACUGAACCUUAUUGUGAAGGAAAGUCUUCAAUUCGGUUCAUUACAUACGAACAUAAAAGGCGCAACACGUGAAGUGAGCCCAGAACUUUCAGAUUCUGUAAUUCCAACGGAACAGACAUUUCCACACAUAGUCAGUCCAGAAACUCUUCAGGAAGUUCAUAUAAUUGAUGAAGAUGAACAAGCAACAGCUUCCAUUACUAAAGAAUGGGAACAGCUAGUAGUCACUGAGGAGGUCUUCAUUAAGUCUUGUUCUCCGGUUAUAACUACAAACAAACGAAAGAUAGACCGCCAAGUUCUGUCUCCUAUACAGAGUAACAACAAACAGGCUGAUAUGAAAACAUCAAUGAUUUUAGAAAGACUUGAAGCUCCGAGGAAGAUGAGAGGAAAAGUUGGAUCACCAAGUGUAGUCAUACAUAGUCCCAUCUCACUAGAUGUCAGUGUCAUGUCUCAGAAGAAGCCUCUGAUUCCUUUUCAGACAACUCAGGUUUCAUCAAGCCAGCUCAUGAAACCCAACUUUCAGAGACUGAAAAAAAAGCAAAAGUGAGCAGUAGCUCUCACUGAGAGCCUCUCAGGAGUAUAGGAAAGGAUCUCGAGGAGAGACUUGAAGUUUGGAAGAAAGGUAAUGUCCUGUAGUUUGCGUAGUAAUAGACAAACAUGAUCUGGUGUUUGUUGUUUAGUUUCCUUUCUUUUUUUUUGUACAAAAAACAAAAACUAUAUCAAAUCUCAUUAUAUAUGUACAAUUUCAACUAAA